UUAUUUUGUGCUUUAUAAUUUAACGAUCUACGUGUGUGAUCUAAAUCACACUAAAGUAUUGGUGCACUUUAAAUAAUAGAUACUUUAAAAUUAUCUCAGUAUGGACAAACGAUUAAUUUGACCUCCUUUCUCGGAUGACAACAGAUUACGUCAUAUUUACGCGCCAGGUCCAGCAAAAUGGCAAUAUUUCCCAGUUCAUUAACAGAAGACGAAGAAGCGCUGCAAAAGAAGUAUGCUAAACUGAAGAAAAAGAAGAAGGCCCUAAUGGCUUUGAAGAAACAGAGCUCCACCAAUCAGACGAGUCAGACUGGACUGAAACGCACUUUGUCAGAUCAGCCGGUGGUGGACACAGCGACAGCCACAGAGCAGGCCAAAAUGCUAAUCAAAUCUGGGGCAAUCAGUGCCAUCAAAUCAGAAAACAAGAACUCGGGGUUCAAGCGCUCCAGAAUGCUUGAGGGUAAACUGAAAGAUCCUGAGAAAGGUCCUGCCCCGGCAUUCCUGCCAUUUCAGAGGAGCGUGUCCACAGAUGAGGAGCCUCCUGAUUCCGCUAAACGAAUCCACAGGAAAUCCCUUUACGAGAGUUUUGUUCCUGGAGAUCGAUCUCGUGAUGAAGAGGCAGGAAUGCCAAGUCGAGAUUCUGAGCGUGACCGGGAAAGGGAGAUGGACUGGGAGAGAGAUCGAGAAAGAGACAGAGACAGAGAAAGGGACCGUGAAAGAGGUCGAGAGAGAGAACGGGACCGGGAACGGGAACGAGACAGGAGCCGGGAUGGAGAAAGAGAUCGAGAGAGGGACCGGGAUCGAGACAGAGAACGAGACAGAGAGAGAGAUGGACCCUACAGACGGUCAGACUCGUAUCCAGAGCGCAGAGGUGUGCGCAAAGGAAACACAGUGUAUGUGUACGGCACCGGUUUAGUGGAGGACAGCUUGCGCACAGCCUUUGCUCAGCACGGCAACAUCAUUGACCUUUCAAUGGACUCUCCACGCAAUUGCGCUUUUGUCACCUUUGAGAAGAUCGAAUCAGCAGACCAGGCUGUGGCGGAGCUGAAUGGCACCACUGUGGGUGACGUCAACAUCAAAGUCAGCAUUGCCAGGAAGCAGCCCAUGCUGGAUGCCGCCACAGGGAAAUCUGUCUGGGCUUCUCUUGCGGUGCAGAACAGUGCCAAGGGCUCGUACAGAGACAAACGGAGCCAGGUCGUCUACAGUGAAGAUUUCCUUUAGUUACUUGACAUUUGCUUUUGUUUUAAAACGUCGGCGUGAGAUUUUGUCUAGGUACAGCAGACAUGACUUUCACAGAAGUAAAUCCUACUUUUCGGUUAUUAAUAACGCUCAGUGUGGACAUUAAGCCCACUCAUGUUUAUGUCAUUGUGUUCAAUAAAUCAGUCAAUAAAAUUUUCCAUCAACAUGUGCGGGGUGACGCUUCAUAAUAUGUGCAAACACAAUCGAUUCUGAUUGUAAAUGUGCAAAAAAUCAGUUUUAAUGAAACGUCAAUAAAGCAUACCUUCGGAGGCAGAAAUUAAAAGCCAGGCUGAGCUUUGAAUUGUUGGGUUUCUGCUGUGUGGAUCAAGCUUCUCCCUGCAAAAAUCAACAACAUUAGAUGCUAUUGAUGAAAUGAGCUGUAGUUCAGACACUGCAGUGCUCCAGCAUUGCCUAAGGGGAAACAGAAUACUGAGAAUACAAAUGCACAGGCAUGCACUGUUACAUAAACCAUUUGCAUACAGAAAUAAAUAACCUUAUAUACACA